AUGACGUCACUUCCGGGUGGCUCGGCGGGGUGGGGCUUGGCCUCCUCGGUCCCAGCAGGCGGUGGGCGGGGCCUCAGGCCGGGGGAGGAGCCAGGGCAUAGGCUGCGAGCCCUACCUUUUGAUCUUCCCAGGCGGGAAGGGGUUCCCCGGCCUAGGCGGGGUCGACUGAGUCCCCGGAGCCGUCGAACGGGGUUCUGUAGGACACUGAGGACUGAAUGCUCAGGUCCUUUCCAUUCCUCGUCUCUCUGGGGUAGCAUUAUUUAUUCCCUUAAGACACAAGUGAAAACAAAACCAAGUAGGCAUCAUCUACAAACAUACAAAGACCGUUUCACUGGCCCUGGUGCUAUUGAUGUUGUAGGAAGUCAUUUUAUACAAACUCCAGGGGGCAGUGACAACUCUCACUUCAAAGGAGUUGUUUGCGAAGUUCUAAUGAAUCACAAAUUAUGUGAACUGGUAAGGAGGAUGCUGUUCAAAAAAGAAAAGCAUUUGCAAUUUGAACAUUCUAACAAUACUCUUCAUAGGUUUCCAGACAAUAAAUCAUCUCCUGUGAAGGACGUCCAGAAACAACAAACAUUGUCACAUCUUCGUCAAUGGAUCCGCUUUCUAAUCUUUGAAAAUACUUUGGAGCCUUCAGUUACAUUGCAAACGCUCCAGCUAAGCAAAGAUGAAGAUCUUGUCAUUUCUGACACUUACCCAGAGAGAGGGGUUGAUGCCAAACUUAAGUCUACCAGUGUAAGUAGCCAAAAUUUUACAUUGUCAAAUAACUUAUUGUGGGCAUUUUUGUCAAAGGGCUAUUAGGGCUCAUGGCCUGGGGAAGCUUCCGUGGACAUGACUAUGGAAGUAGGAGGAUGGAGAAUACAUGACCUGACUUUGAAGAGUGGGCCAGAGACGAACAUCCAUUGGCUGGCUUAGAAAUGGUGUGGAGGAAUAUGAUUGGUCCCCCAAAGCCAUAUAACCUGCUGUUUCUUCCUGAAUAAAUGAGUCUGCAGCUGCUCACCCCUGGUCUGCUCUCACCUAACUCCCAGUGUCCGUGUGGUGACU